AUGGAUCCGAGCUACAAAGCUCGCAAGGAGGCCUUUGUGUCUAAUCUUGCAGGAAGCACAAUCCUCGAAAUCAACGCGGUCACCCUCGUUGCUUCAACUUCUGUCAUUCUCUGGUCCGCCCUUCAAUCCCGAUUAUCCUUCUUCACACCUUACGGCCCUGCGGCACUCGUGACCGACUUCAUCCUCAAUGUACUGGCCAUCCUAUUCGCAACAACCGCAUACUCCUCCGCGCCGCUUCUCCUCAACAUCUUCCUCAUCUCCCCCGCCGUUCUUCUCUUCCUUACCCGGAACGCUCCGCGCACACCCCAGAAAACGAAAGCCCCCCGCAAAUUGAAGGCCAAAAAUGAAACCCCCCCGGACGAACAGUCGGCCUUGCCCAUCCACCCAUUCUUAACGACAUACCGCGCAGCCAUGAUGAUUGUGACCUGCGUAGCCAUUCUCGCAGUCGACUUCCGCGUGUUCCCGCGCCGUUUCGCCAAGGUCGAGAAUUGGGGAACCUCUCUGAUGGACUUGGGCGUGGGGUCCUUCGUGUUCUCCGCCGGAGUGGUCUCUGCGCGAGCAGUCUUGAAGGGUCGCAACUCGAAGUCCCCGAAACUGGCUUUGCAUAAACGCCUGAUUGGCUCAGCUCGACACUCUAUUCCGCUACUCGUGCUAGGCCUUAUCCGUCUGUGGAGUGUCAAGGGACUGGAUUAUGCGGAACAUGUGACGGAGUAUGGCGUGCACUGGAACUUUUUCUUCACGCUUGGCUUCUUGCCGCCUUUCGUGGAGCUGUUCGAUUCCUUGACUACACUGGUACCCUCAUAUGAGGUGCUUGCUCUUGGAAUCGCAAUCCUUUAUCAAGUCGCAUUGGAGUCGACUGAUCUCAAGGGUUACAUCCUGGUGUCUCCCCGCGGCCCAGACCUGCUAUCUAAGAACCGCGAGGGCGUGUUCUCUUUCAUUGGGUAUUUCGCCAUAUUUCUUUCAGGGCGGGGUGUUGGAGUCCGCAUCAUCCCUCGGGGUACUUCUGCCUCCAAGUCGCCACAGCAGGCGCGCACCUCUGUUCUGACUCGGUUGGCUAUGCAGAUUAUGUUCUGGUCCACCAUGUUCUUCUUCAACUCCACCUACGCAUUUGGCUAUGGUGCCAACAUUCCAGUGUCGCGCCGGUUGGCAAACAUGCCCUAUGUGCUCUGGGUGUCGGCAUUCAAUAGUGCCCAGCUUUUCCUAUUCUGUUUGACUGAGACUGUGUUCUUCCCUGCGGUUUAUCGAGCGACUACCAAGGAAGGCGAGGCAGAGCAGACGUCCUUUGCGACCAGUCGGAUUCUACACGCAUUCAACCGUGGUGGCUUGGCGUUGUUCCUGAUUGCGAACUUGCUUACUGGAGCCGUGAACCUGAGUGUUCCUACCUUGGAUCUCAAUACGCCCCAGGCAAUGGGGAUUCUGAUCGUAUAUGCGGCAGUGCUCACGGGUGCUGCUCUGGCGAUGGACAAGUACAACAUUAAGUUGAGCUUGUAA